GCAUUAAAGCCUACGCAGAGUUGGCGUCGGUCUCAAUCGUAAUCAUAAAUUCAUUGCCACACUUAGGAAGCGCUGACAAACCAAAACUAUGGAGCGAAACCUACACUCAUAUGGAGAAUGCAAUAAUUCAAUACCAACUAACCGUUUAGUUCUUAGAUCGUCACCACACAGGGCGGACAGAGUUAUGUGAUAGAAAAAUUAGUUCAGUGGCCUAAAACUUUCGAAACCUUUUACGUUGUACCUUAAAAGGCACAGACAUGUCUAAGCUAAAUGUAACAAAUUUUAACAACAGAACCGGAAGUCCGUUUAACACUACCGAUAAUAACGACAAACAAGAUGGAAAAGUUCACGAUGAAGUGCUACAAAAGACAAAUUAUGAUAUACAAAAGGAGAAGAACAACGAAUUAUUGCAAAAAGUUAACAAAAAAACGGCGGAGUAUCAAUCAAAUAAACCAAGUUCGGGAGUGUUUACUGAAGUGGUAACUCAUGGAGCGUUCACGUCAAAGAAGGUGGAAAAGGAAAAGUCACCUAAACCUGAAAUCGCACAAUCUACUAAAGCAAACAAUGGACACAGUUCCAAAUCAUUUUUAGGCUUUCCGUCUUCUGCUAAUGAUUUAGCUCUGGAUGCGAAAUCAGAUCUCGAAUCAGAUCCUAAUAUUUCUAAAGAAGUCAAGGAGAAGGUGAUCGAGAAGCUGUUUACUUUAGUGUCUAUGGUGCAACAUGUUUACGAGUCAAAAGUAAGAAUAAUGUCAGAAUACGAAAAGUUCAAGGACACUCAUUUAAAAAACGAAAUAAGGAAAGAAAAAGAUUACUCAGAGCAGUUAUACAAGCUGAAUAUGAAUUUCCAGAACGAGGUGAUACAGUCGAUCCAGCAACUGAGGAGUGAAUUGGAUCUGUCACGGAAUAUUUCAAACUCGGAUGAUUCAGGCGCUGAGAUUAAUUUCAAGGAAAUGUGUAUAAAUCGUGACGCAGACGUUACUCAAACGCUUCAAACGAGAAGUAUUAACUUUUGUGAUGCAAUAAAUAAUUAAGAGUAACAUUUUCAUGAAAAUAUCAUCUACGUGUUCAAAAAUGUUUGCACUUGUACUAUGAAUUGUCAAUUAUAUGUAAAUAAACCUAGUUAAACA